GUCGGUCCUUAGCAGACAUUUGUGUACACGUAUUACGGUUACAUGGGCUGGACCGAGGAGUCAAUGGGAGCAGGCUAACUUAACGCUGGCUAGCUCUUCAAGAACAAACCUAGCCGCUCCGGCUUGUCUUAUUCUUCUACGCGCGCGGAUAAAGCGUUUGUUAGAGGGAUUUUUUCUCUGAUUAGCGGAGCCUUAUCCUCGUGCAUGGGAAACAGGAGGCGCGUGCUGCUGCUGCUGCUGGCUAAAAACGCUUCAAGGUGGCGACAGACAAGGUUGCUGGAAAGCUGAGUUCUACUCUCUCAUGGGUAAAGAACUCGGUCUCCCACACUGUCAGUCAGAUGGCUAGCCAGGUGGCCCCGCCCACAUCUCUACAGACCCCCGCCACUUCCUCCUCCACAUCUCUGUCCUCGCCUGCCCUCUCGCCGUCCUCGCCGGCUCAGCUUAGCCCCGAUGAUGUGGAGCUGCUCGCCAAGCUGGAGGAGCAAAACAGGCUUCUGGAGACGGACAGCAAGUCUCUGCGCUCCAUGAAUGGAUCGAGGAGAAACAGCGGCUCCUCGCUGGUGUCCAGCUCCUCGGCCUCCUCCAACCUCUCCCAUCUGGAGGAGGACACCUGGAUCCUGUGGGGCCGAAUCGUCAAUGAGUGGGAGGAGGUGCGGAAGAAGAAGGAGAAGCAGCUUAAGGAUCUCGUCAGGAAAGGGAUUCCCCACCACUUUCGAGCAAUUGUUUGGCAGUUGUUGUGUAACGCCCAGAACCUGCCCAUCAAAGAUCAGUACUCUGAGCUCCUUAAGAUGACCUCGCCCUGCGAGAAGCUCAUUCGCAGGGACAUCGCUCGCACUUAUCCCGAACACGAGUUCUUCAAGGAGAAGGACAGCCUGGGCCAGGAGGUGCUCUUCAACGUCAUGAAGGCCUAUUCUCUGGUGGAUCGUGAGGUGGGCUACUGCCAAGGAAGUGCAUUCAUUGUCGGUUUGCUGCUCAUGCAGAUGCCAGAGGAGGAGGCCUUCAGUGUGUUUGUGAAGCUCAUGCAGGACUACAGAUUGCGAGAGCUCUUCAAGCCCAGUAUGGCUGAACUGGGACUUUGCAUGUACCAGUUUGAAAGCAUGAUCCAGGAGCAGCUUCCAGAGCUUCACAUUCAUUUCCAGGCUCAGAGCUUCCAUACCUCCAUGUACGCCUCCUCCUGGUUCCUCACCAUCUUCCUCACCUCCUUCCCUUUGCCUGUAGCCACAAGGAUUUUUGAUAUCUUCAUGUGUGAGGGUUUGGAGAUUGUUUUCCGCGUGGGGCUGGCCAUCCUUCAGAUGAAUCAGGCUGAACUCAUCCAGCUGGACAUGGAGGGAAUGUUACAGUACUUCCAAAAGGUCAUCCCACAUCAGUUGGACAGCGGACCAGAUAAGGUCAUCCAGGCUGCCUAUCAAGUUAAAUACAACGUCAAGAAAAUGAAGAAGUUAGAGAAGGAUUACACUACAAUCAAAACGAAAGAGAUGGAAGAACAGGUGGAGAUUAAGAGAUUGCGGACGGAGAACAGGCUCCUGAAGCAGAGGAUAGACACACUGGAGAAGGAAAGUGCUUCCUUGGCAGAUAGAUUGAUUCAGGGACAAGUGACUCGAGCCCAAGAGGCAGAGGAAAACUACCUGGUCAAGCGGGAGCUGGCCACAGUCAAACAGCAGUACGAGGAGGCCGCUGCUCAGCUGGAGCAGGCCAAGAAAACCAUCAAGCAGCAGCAGCCACAAGCGAAGGGACCGCCUCGCUUCUCCGAGGAGUCCGUUCUGCAGCUGGAGAAGGAGCUGGUCCAGGCCCGGCUGAAAGAGGCGGAGUCCCAGUGUGCGCUCAAAGAAAUGCAAGAUAAAAUCCUGGACAUGGAGAAGAGGAACUCCUCACUACCAGAUGACACUAAUGUGGCGCGACUCCAAGACGAGCUGAUUGGGGUGAAGCUGAGGGAAGCGGAGGCUCUGACCGGGCUGAAAGAACUGAGACAACAAGUCAGAAAUCUGGAGGAGCACUGGCAGCGCCACCUAGCUCGCACCGCUGGACGCUGGAAGGACACCCCAAAAAAGAACACGCUGAGCGAGCUGCAGGACGAGCUGAUGAGCGUCAGGCUGCGAGAGGCCGAGGCCCAGGCUGAGCUCAGAGAGACGCGACAGAGGCUCCUAGAGAUGGAGACUCAGAAUCAGAUCCACAGCAACCAGCUGCGGCGGGCUGAACAGGAGAGCCGCUGUCUGCAGGAGCGCGUGACGACGCUGACCACCCAAAAUAAGGAUCUGCACACGCAGCUGCAGGAGAUCAAGCGGAGGCAGGCUGAGAUUGAGUGCAAGAGUAAGGAAGAGGUGAUGGCUGUGAGGUUGAGGGAAGCUGACAACAUCGCUGCCAUGGCUGAGCUUCAGCAACAGAUCUCAGAGCUGGAGAUUCAGGUGAAGUCCCUGCUCUGCAUCAGACACUGGAUGUCCUCAUCUCCCUCACCAGCACUAACCGCAUCACACAUACCUCAUCUUUUUCAGCCACAGAGGGAAAUUUCUCCUCUUGUGAAACAUACGGGUGUCAAAUUUAAAUUCAAGUCUUAUUUUAAUGCUAGUAGAGGAGGAGAAGUUGGGUUCAUGCUUGUUUCUUAUUAUGAUUGAACUUUGAUGCUGUGG